CGAAAAGAAAAAACAGAUGCGUUUGGAUCGGGAGCACCUGUCUCGAUCGUCCGAAGAGAAGACGAUUUAGGGGCACGAUUCUAUGAUUGCAGAAGGAUCAAAGAUGCUUGGAUUCUAACAGCUUGCUACCCGUACAAGAUCUUCUCAUUCUUCUCUUCUUUUCGAAAAUCUCGCUUGAAAUCAGCUCCGAUUUGUCUUUAUUUUUCAGCUCCUCAUUUCCAUUAAGCCACUUUUCCUGGUCCCGAGAUGAGGGGCCGUGUUUUUCGCCGUCUAUGGGUGUUUCUACUAUUAAUAUCAAGAUUUCGGAGCUUGACUGGCGAAUCAAGAGCAUAUGAGAAUUUGGAACUCUCGCAAUUGGGCCCGUACAGGGAGAAUUCUGAAGAAUUAGCUCAAAUUGGCGGCAAAUCCCUUCUGCCCCUUUCUGUAAAAGGCAAAGGUAAUACUGCUAUUGUUGCUACUUCGGCUGGGGAGAUCUAUUUGGUAGAUAGUAAUUCUAAGAAGAUAAUUUGGUCAUUUGCUUCUGGGACACCAGUCUACUCGUCAUAUCAGUCUCCUACCAUACAUGAUUACAACAAAAAGUAUGCUUCUGGUUCAAGCCGCAGCCCCUUCUUUUUUGAUUGUGGAGAUGACUGGGAGUUGUACAUCCACACAGAACAUGGUAGAACGAAACUACCCCGCACCAUUGAUGAGGUUGUUAGAAGUACACCAUUCAUAUUUGAGGAUGGUUCAGUGAUGACUGGUUCUAGGAAAACCACUGUCUAUGAGAUUAAUCCUGUUACAGGAAAGUUGAUUCGUAAUCACAGUUCUGAUUUCUCAUCAUCUGGGCUAAGCAAUGAAGAGCGCAGUGUUUUAAAUGGUAAUAGUUCCAAGAAUAACCUGGACAAUAUAGAUCUGAUACAACCUGGUUUGAUGAAACCUAUUGAGCAACGACUGUACAUAACAAGAACAGAUUAUUUCUUGAAAUCAUCUAUCCCAGGGUCAGAAGAAGUUUCUUGGAGUUUGAAUGUUGCUGACAUUGGAGCUACCUUAGUCUGUCCAGAUGUUGAGAAUCCAACAAAUAAUGUUCCAUCGGAUCUUCAAAAUAAUGGUAAUUUUGUUUCUGACUUCGAUUUUACUCAGCCAUUGUCUUGCCAAUCAGAAGUACUUGUUUUUCGUGAACGGAACAAUGUCUUGACCGAAUCAUCCGGGCAUAAAAUACUAUCAGAUUCUCAUAAUACAGAUAAUAUGCUCUCGGUGUCUGCUUCAAGUCUAAUGCUUCCUUCGCAGCCAAAUGUUAAGCAUUCAAAUAUUCAUCCUGAAAGGUUGAUGCUUCCUGGACCUGCUGCAAACCUAGCCUCCCUUCUGGAACCUAAUGCAAUUAGUCACCCAAACGAUGAUAGUCAGGCAAUAGUUCCAAUGCCUCUGAUGAAGGUUAAUGAUUCAAGUAUAGUUCUGGGACAUAAAAUAGGAACCCAUGAUGUUGACUUCAUAGCUAUGAUUCUUAAUGGGCCACUAGGAUUUUUUAUUGUAAUAUUUAUAACCAUGUUUUUGGGAUUGAUUAAACAAGGUGGGGCACUGGCUGCAAAGGCAAAACAAUUUUUCUUGAAGGAGAAACCACCCAGUACUGUUAAUUCAAAAAUUGUAUCUUCCAAGAAAAAGAAAUCUCGGAAGACGAGUAGAAAUGGAAAUUUUGAGAAAAAGGAUGCAUCUUUUUCAUCUGAAAAUGAAGAUAUGGUUCGAAGUGAGAGUGAUUUUAACAACUGGUUUCACACUAAUAAUUUUACUGAUACAACUGGUGGUGGACGCCAAAUUGGUAAACUAAUGGUAACCAAUACAGAGAUAGCCAAGGGUAGCGACGGCACAAUUGUUCUUGAGGGGGUCUAUGAAGGUCGACUAGUUGCUGUGAAACGUCUUGUUAAGACUCACCACAAUGUUGCCUUUAAAGAAGUUCAAAAUCUUAUUGCUUCGGAUCGUCACCAAAAUAUUGUUCGAUGGUAUGGGGUGGAGUAUGAUCAAGACUUCGUAUAUCUUUCGCUGGAACGAUGUACCUGCAGUCUAGAUGAUUUGAUUCAGAUAUGCUCUGAUCCGUCCCUGAACUCUUUGCUUAGCCUGGAUGAAGAUGCUGGCCCUAUCAGUGAUUAUAAAUUGCGUUUGGAGUCUCUCAAGAAUGUAAUAUCAGAUCUUAAUCUGUGGAAAGAAAAUAGCCGUCCAUCACUACUUCUUCUAAGACUCAUGAGGGAUAUGGUUGCCGGGCUUGAGCAUUUGCAUGAGUUGGGGAUUAUUCACAGAGACUUAAAGCCCCAAAACGUGUUGAUAACCAAGCAAAAAUCUGUAUGUGCAAAGCUCUCUGACAUGGGUAUUAGUAAGCGCCUUCUAAAAGAUAUGUCUUCCUUGGGACAUCAUGCUACCGGUUGUGGGAGUUCUGGUUGGCAAGCCCCUGAACAACUUCUUCAUGGACGGCAAACACGUGCAGUCGAUUUGUUUAGCUUGGGUUGUGUUCUCUUUUUCUGCCUCACUGGUGGUAGACAUCCAUUUGGUGAUCGUUUUGAGCGUGAUGUCAAUAUUGUGAAGAAUCAGAUGGAUCUGUUCUUGGUGGAGUGCAUCCCGGAAGCUGUGGAUCUUAUUUCUCGAUUAUUAAAUCCUAAUCCUGAUUUGAGGCCAAGAGCAUCAGAGGUAUUGCAACAUCCUUUGUUUUGGAGUUCUGAGGCUCGACUUUCGUUUCUACGUGAUACUAGUGAUCGAGUGGAAUUGGAAGAUAGAGAGACUCACUCUGAUCUCUUGGAAGCAUUAGAGAGUACUGCACCAUUAGCUUUAGGUGCUAAAUGGGAUGAAAAGUUGGAUCCAGCUUUCAUCACAAAUAUUGGUCAGUAUAGACGAUACAAGUAUGAUAGUGUUCGAGACUUGUUGCGGGUCAUGCGGAACAAGUUAAAUCAUUACAGAGAACUACCCAAAGAAAUUCAGGAGCUCAUAGGAUCCGUUCCCGAGGGAUUUGAUAACUACUUUGCUAGUCGUUUCCCAAGGCUCCUGACUGAAGUAUACAGAGUCAUAAGCCAAUAUUGCAGGGAAGAGGAAGGCUUUCGGAAGUACUUCAAGAGCCAUGUGGAGUAGACUUUGGAUACUAAUUUCACAGAUAAGUGAUGCUAUAUUUAUUCCUUUGACAUAUUCAGAACACACUGUUACUGUAUGUAUACUGUACACAAUUGUAAAUACACGUAAGGCCUCACAACAUCCAAAAAUCAAUAACCUUACAGAACACCACAGCUUUUGGCCCUCAAAAGUUCAUGUUAUGUUGUGAAAUUCACCAUGAAUGAUUAAUCUUCUUCUUCCUUUGGGUUUGUUUGUUUGUUGGAUCCCUAAUUUGGCUGGCCUGUAUGCAUGGGAAGAACAUUACCUUGUAGCUUGAAAUAUGUGCCUGGUAGAGGCGACUGGAUGCUGACAGCGCCCAAUUGGAGCAUCCCAAAAAGGAAAAAUGAAGCAGCUUUGAUGACCCUUUCAGCCUUCCAUUCUACGGUUUAGGGUGAACUCAUAUUUGUUUCAAUUGACGAUUCAUUGUAUAUAAGCAAUAGCAUGCGGCCUUCCAACAUUGAUUUCUUCUAGUCCUCUUUCCAAUUCUAGAAGUAGAAUAUAUGCUUUUAAUCCUCUCGAAUAUUCAUAU